AUGAGCAUCUGGAGGUAAAAACCGAGUUUGCAGAUGUCUCCCCAGAAUCUCUCACUUUCAGACUCACUGCACAUAGCAAUUUUGGCUUCCAUACUUUCUCUUACCAUUUACUGGAUCAUCAGAGACAGAUACAGAGUGAGAAACUUGAAUGGAAAGCAUGUCUUCAUAACAGGUUGUGACACUGGACUUGGAAACUCACUGGCUAAAUGGCUUGACAAAAAGGGAUUUUGUGUCAUUGCUGCAUGUGCCACAGAAAAAGGAUGCCAAGAGUUACAGUCCUGCUCUUCAAUCUCACUGAAGACAGUGAAUCUGAACUUAGCAGACUCCAACAGCAUUGCCAGGGCUGUGGUGUUUGUGACUGAACAGACAGCUGGCAAGGGGCUUUUUGGCUUGGUGAGCAAUGCGGAAGGAACAGCACCUGUAGGACCCACUGACUGGCUGAGGAUUGAAGACUUCCAUUCAGUGCUGGAUGUUAGCCUGCUUGGAUUGAUUGAAAUCACACUCAAGCUUCUGCCACUUCUGAAAAAAGCUGAGGGAAGAGUUGUCAAUCUAAUUGAUGCCAAAGGUCUCAUGGCUUUUGUAGGUGGUGGCUACAGUCUGGCCAAAUGGGGCAUAGAAGCUUUCUCUGACACCUUACGGAUAGAAAUGCAGCAUUUUGGAGUGAAAGUAAGUAUUGUUGAGCAUGGUUUCUUUAAGGCAGAAGAAGUUAAUUCAGAUAUCAUCGAGAAAUACCUCUUCAAACUUUGGAACAGACUGACUCCUGAGAUCAGGGACUCCUAUGGAGAAAAAUACUUAGUUGAAUAUGUAGAAGCCCAAAGUUCAUCAGUGAAAAGACUGUGUGACUAUGAUAUUUCUAACGUCAUAAAAUGCAUGGAACAUGCCCUGAUAGCAAAGCACCCCAGGACACGAUAUGGAGCUGGAUGGGAUGCAAAGUUCUUCUGGCUGUUUCUCUCCUAUGCCCCAAGCUGUUUGUCUGAUACGCUGUUGCGCAUUACAUUUCCGGUUCCAGCAGAGAGCAGGAGACCCGUUCAUGGAGUCCUAAUUAAUGUCUAG